CUGUCACUUGUCAUGACCUUUUACAAUUAAAGAUUUGAAUGUCUGUGUCUUUCAAAAAUGAUACCAUUUCAGAACUGACAUAAGGGAAAGUUUCAUUGUCCUCCAUCCACCAACUAUGUCACCUAUUUUGGUAGAUUUAGGUUUUAUUGACUCUCCAGACAGGUAAUCUGAUAAAAGAGUGAAAUUACAAACAGUGCUAAUAACUCAAAUGAAACAAGAUGCUGGAUAAGAUUGCAACAAGAAAUCAGUGAAAUGCAUGAAAGCAUGCUCAACAUAGUGAAAGCUAUGAGUUUUCUGUUACCAUAAUCGCAUCCACCCUCAUCUCACCCACAGGUGAUGCAGAGUAAUAGCGCACCGUUGAACGCGUGGGAGAGACUCCUAUCUCAUUAUAUUCGACAACUUCAUCCGGUACAAGAGGCAUUUCUUGUUUGAGACUGUAGUUAUUUCAACUUCUUGAGGAGCAGGCAUGGAUACAGCGCGAGCAGCUAGGACGCAUAUUAUCUGGACAUCGAUAGCUUUGGUCUUUAUUUUAAUCGCAUCGUGCUUGGCAUAUGUCUUCAUAUCGAAGGUGCCUGAAUGCCAAAGUAAGAACAUCGUGAAUGUCACUGAAUGUACAGAAAGUAUGUUCAGACAUCAAAUCUCUCAAGAACACUGGCUUCUAAAAGCUCAGAACUACAGUCAGGCAGAUCAUCGUUUGGUCUGGGAGGAUGAGUGGCUGGGAUACAGGGUUGAGAGAGAGCGUAUUCUGGACCAGACCAACAUGUGGAUGGUCAUUCGAGAGAAAGGUGUCUACCUGGUCUACAUACAAGCUAACUUCAUUCUUAGGACAGAGAAGAAUAGCAGCUCUACUGUAGAACUGAAAAUUAUAGUGGAUUUAAGUUAUGACGGGAAGAAGGAGAUGUUUUCAGCCGCACAUGACACUCAGGUGGUGAGUGACAACUCUCCAGAUGCAAAGCUCAACACGUUCCUUCUGAUGAAACUGCAAUCAACAAGCCAGUUAUCAGUGAGAGUUUUUCCAAGUCAUUUGGUGAACUACCAACCCAGACCCUUCUCCACUUUUAUCACUAUCAUAAAAUGGGCAGACAACUGGUAGACUGUUGCAUAUAUUGCAGGAGUGAUUGGCUUUCCAGGUGAAAACCAUAUCCAUAUCCAGUUUUUACAAUGACGGUUGUUCUUAUAUUCUUGUUAGCUUUAAAUGUGACAUUUUGAGUGGACGCGGUCUCAAGAUCAGCUGCUAGAACACCUGAGAUUUUCCAGCUGUUGUACUAGGAAAUGCUCGCUGACAUUAACAAGGAUUGCGUGGGGGGUUGUGAUACUUUCUUGGUGUUUUUUCUUCUUCCUUUCGAAAUAUGAAGAUCGCAUCUCAUGAUCUUCUCAGAAGCAUGACACAUUUUCCUCUCAACAGAUAUAUGAGUUAGGUUUGUUUUGUUUCAGUUUUUUUAUGAGUCAAGACGAAAAAAGGGCAUGAUAUACUGUUUAUGAGCACUGACUUUGAAGAUUCUCAUGUAUUACUUACAUAAAAGAUGUCAUAACUGCCUGCAAAGAUUGUUUUACAAAACAGUAGUAAGCUAAUUUCUGAGUAAGUGGGUAUUUCUUUAGCGAAAUGCAUCUUCCUGUAUAUAUAAUCAUGCAGUAUUUUAAUCAUCGACAGCUGAAUGUAAACACCUCUUAAUACCCUAUCUUUGUCAAACAUCAGUGUUUGAUAUAAAUGCUCACUGUGUCAAAAGCUAAGAAUAUGGAGCUAUAUUUUAUUGUUUAAAUAUGUGCUUCUUUUUUAAGACAAGAAAUCAGCAUUUUUAUUUGUCAAAGUUCUUGAAAUGUAGUGCCAGAUUUUAGCUGUAAGCAGAUUCAUCCAGCCACAGAAGCAAUUAAAUGUUCAUGAAUGUCAUGGAAAUGUUUCUGAUGGUGGUGGUGAAUGGCUAGGGGUGGUAGUGGUGAUGUUUUUUGUUUUUUGUUUUUCACAAAAAAAUACCACUAGUUACACUAAUCCAAUCAGUCAAGCAAGCCGUAUGAAUCUGAACAACAUCAGCUGUUUUAAUGUGACAGUCGAGUGUUUUCUUUUCCAGCGAGUGUGAAAGUUUCUUUUCCAAACCCAGUAUUUUUUUUCUGUCAGGAAAACACCAUUUAUGAUGAUUCAUACUUUUUAUUUUUUUUAUUUUUUUUGUAUUCAGAUGAUCCACACCAGCUGUCCAAAUCUAAAGAAGAUAUUUAAAAUAAGACAGUUAAUUUAAUGCUUUUUAUCUUCUUCUUUUUUUUUUUUGUAUGAAAGUUUUGUACUUUCACAGCUAAGCCCUUAUACAUGUUAUAUCUAAAAAGGUAAUCGUUCACGCUGAGUGAUUUUAAUUGACUACUUUUUUUUUACUGUUCUCAAAUAUGCAAACAAUAUUAUAUUUAUGUCAUUUUAAUAUUUUUAUUUAAACUAAUAAUUAUAAAUAAAGCAAUGUUUUUCCUCUGCAUGCCUCAUAUUCUGUAAGUUAAUUCCUGUAUAUUAACCACAUCAACAAACAUCACACUUCAAUAGAAAAUUGUACAACUAAAAUGGUACAAAAUAUCAGUUGUUUAAUGUACUUGGGUAGAAUGGCAAAUUAAGCCUUAUAAAAAAUAAAAUACCUUAAUAAAAAUGUAUAGACUAUUUAUUCAGAGAGGAAAUAUGGUUUAUGUCUGUCAAAUUAUUAGUGUUGUGUUCCCUGCAGAACCAAAACAGCAUAACCAUGAACCAACAUUACACUGUAGGAGAUUUUUGUGUGACAGCCCUAAUGAGAAUUUACAAAAUAUCUAAUGGUUGUAAUUAGUUUUGUUUCUUUAUUCGUUUUCAGCUAUCAACUAACAUUCCUAGAAUGUUCUGGGAACCAAAAACGUUCAGUUGGGUGAUUCUCAAUGUAACAUCUGGAUGCUGAACAAGGAGGUGUAAGUCCUGAAGUAAAGCGUAUGAGAAGGGCUGAUUUAGUUGAUAUAGGCCUAGAUGUAGGGGUAUGUACUGCCCCUUUGUGGCAGAGACUUUAAAUCUGACGGAAAAAGGUGAGUCAAGUCUGAAGUUACAGGGUUUCAGUUGAGUCAUGUUGUGAAUUUAAUCUUCAAAGCGUUGCUAAUGAAGAAAUUAUGAAUGAAUAAAUCACGUUUUUGUAUCUGCCCUGACUGAGUAAAUAAAUAACCUUACCUUACACAAAGGCACUCAGGUUCGCUUCCAAAGGCAGGGUGAGCUUGGAGACAUGGACCCUAAAAAUAAAGACAAUCACUUUAUUAAAGAAUACAAAAAUUAAAACCAACAUUACCAGGCGCGGCACCUCUACUGUAUAUAAACUGAAUAAAUAAUAAACUGUAAAUGUGUUCAGCAGUCUGCAACAAAUAUUUUUAAGUCAUAAAAUUUAAAGUGUAUAGGAUAUAUUAUAGGAAGUGUCUAUUUACACUAAGUGAAAAGUUGUGAAAAGUCCCAUAGACUGCCAAGUAAAAUACA